AUGAGAAAGUAUUGCGUGUGUAGAUCCCAUAAAUACGCAUAUACGGUGGGCCACAGUCAUUUCUAAGAGAACUUAUUCUAUUGCUGGUCCGAACAGGUCAUGGCAUAUUGACAGUCAACACAGUUUAAUAACUUGGGGUUUUGUAAUUCACGGUGGCAUAGAUGGCUUUUCCCGACUGAUUUGUUUCCUCAGGUGUUCUACCAACUACAGAAAGGAAACUGCGAGCUCUUCAUAGGAAGUGUGUAG